UUCAUUCGUUUCUAUAUUCUUAAAAGUGUCAAAAAGUGACCCCAAAACGAAAAUGUGGCUGGUCGUGGUUCAGGUCUUACUCAGUUCAACAUUUUUAAUAAUUUACUUUGGCCUGAAAUAUCAGUACAAUCACUGGAAGCGUAAACAGAUUCCGUAUGUGGCUUCUAAUGUACUCGAUCUCGAUUGGUAUAAUUUACCGGAGGUCAAAUACUACUCGCAGAUUUAUCAUCGCUUGGAAGGUCACAAAUUUGGCGGAUUUUACCAUAAAUUUGUUCCUAAAAUGAUGGUUCGCCAUCCGGAACUCAUCAAACGUAUUUUAAUCAAAGAUUUCGACCACUUUUAUAAACGUGUAGGCUCAGUAGUUUAUGAUGAAAAGAAACCUCUCACAAUGCAUUUGUUUCACGCUUAUGGACCAUUUUGGAAAAAACUAAGAAUCAAAUUAACACCCACUUUCACUUCCGUAAAGAUAAAAUACAUGUUCAGUUUGAUGGAAGAAUGCGCCAAAGAUUUGAACGAAAAAAUGGAAGAACAAAUUAGAAUCGACGACACAAUUGACGUGAAAGAGUACACUCUUCGUUACACCAUCGAAGUAAUAUCAUCGUGCGCUUUUGGACUGAAAGCUUGUACUAUUCAAGAUGGCAGCUCGAUAUUCAGAUCAAUGGCCUUAAGCAUUUCUGAUAGUAGUUUACUGAAAAGACUAUUAGCGAAUAUCGCCACAAUAUUCCCUUGGGUCAAAAAAAUUCUCGGAUUAUAUUUAUCCGAUAAAUUGGCAAUCGAUUUUUUUUAUAACCUCACUAAAGAUUUGGUCAAUUAUCGCAGAAACAAUUCCGUAAGCAGAAAUGACUUUUUCCAGUUGUUACUCAAUAUGAGAGAUGAUGAUGAUCAACAAAAAAGUCAGAAGCAACGUGGAGAUAGCUUAGCAAUGAACGAUGAACUCAUGGCAGCGCAAUGCUUCCUAUUCUUCGUCGCUGGGUUUGAUACGUCCAAUCUCGUGCUGAGUGGAGCUUUAUUCGAACUGGCUCUCCAAGCAGACAUACAGAAAAAACUUCAAGACGAAAUCGACGAGUAUUUGCAAAAAUACGAUGAUAAAAUUACCUACGAAAUGGUCAAAAGCAUGCCAUAUUUGAAUCAAGUGGUUUCAGAAGCGAUGAGGAUGUACCCAAUACUUGGAAGUUUGAGUAGAGUCUGCGCCAGAGAUUAUCAAAUACCAAAUACUGACGUGGUAAUCGAAGAAGGCACCGAGGUAUAUAUUCCUAUUGCCGGAUUACAUUCAGAUCCUCAGUAUUUUCCGAAUCCUCAGCUGUUCGAUCCAGAUCGAUUCAAAGAUUUUGAAAGUUAUCCAGGUCGCGAUGCGUAUUUACCAUUUGGAGAUGGUCCCAAGAAUUGUAUCGGGUCGAGAUUUGGACAAAUGACUGUUAAAUUGGCUUUGGUAUAUUUGCUUCGGGAUUUCAAUUUUGAACCGUGUUCGAUGACCCGGAUUCCUUUAGAAUAUAAACCUUUCAGAGUUGCAACCUCUGUAAAUCACGAGAUAUUUUUAAAAUGUAGUACAAGAUGAAUAAUUUUUCUUCUAUCACUUGAUCGCCGUCUUGCGGCUUUGCUGACCAGCCAAUGCUAAGUUGAAAUGCGCGAUCUUGUAAUCAAUCGCAUGUUAGUAAGUAGGUGAAGUAUUAUUUUUACUUAUUAAGCCGAUUUCUCAAACAAUGCAUUAUUUCUAUACCCUGAAAAAUGUUAUCAACUGGUGUGCUUUCAAAUAAAAAAUUUGCCAAUAAGCUUGA